CAGGAAGUAGGAGACGGUCAUCUGACAGAGCGAGCAAAAACAACAACAGCCCGCUGACAGCAGAUCGAAGAGAGAAGGUCGCUUUUCUUAUCCCGACAUCAGGAGUGGAGAGAGCUGUGAGCCGCCGCCUCCCCCCCAACCCUGUCCUGCACAGCGCCCCCACCAGGAGACCCACAGAGAGGCCCGUUCGCCACAACGCUGCUCCAUGGCCAGCAGAGGGAGUGCCCGGCCCAACGGCUUGGGCCAGACCAAGAUAUGCCAGUUCAAACUGGUUCUGCUGGGAGACAUGGCGGUGGGCAAGUCCAGCCUAGUGCUUCGAUUCGUCAAGGGGCAGUUCGACGAGUUCCAGGAGACCACGAUAGGGGCGGCGUUCCUGGCGCAGUCUGUGUGUCUGGAUGACACGACAGUGAAGUUUGAGAUCUGGGACACGGCGGGGCAGGAGAGAUACCACAGCCUGGCGCCCAUGUACUACAGAGGAGCGCAGGCUGCCAUUGUGGUGUUCGACAUCACCAAACCGGAGACGUUUGAGCGUGCGAAGGCCUGGGUGAAGGAGCUGCAGAGACAGGCCAGCCCCAACAUCGUCAUCGCACUGGCUGGGAACAAGUCCGACCUGGCAGAGAGGCGCAUGGUGGAGUACGAGGAGGCUCAGACGUACGCCGAGGACACAGGGCUGCUCUUCAUGGAGACUUCAGCUAAGACUGCCAUGAACGUCAACGAGCUGUUCCUGGCCAUCGCAAAGAAGAUGCCAAAAACGGACACGCAGAAUCUGACACACGCUGCCAGACAUCGAGGGGUUAACCUGCAUGACGCAGAGGCACAGUCCAGCAGGGGGUGCUGUGGCAACUAAACAAUGUCAUCGUGCCUUUCUCUUUCCAAUUUCAUUUGAACCCAAAAGACUUGGUGAAAUAGUGAGUGUGAAGAAUCAGAAGACUGUGAGCGGGAAAGGGGGUUUACAUAACUGGCACUAAUAUAUAGUAGUUUAUGAUUUUGUUUUUAUAAAUAAUCUUUCUGAUCCUUAUGUAAGAUUGAGCAUUUCAGUACAGACACACAGACGGAGAGAGAUGCACACAAUGGUAAAGCUUGAUCCUCGCUUUAUUACAGAAACUGCAUCAGGGCUCCCAUUGCACAGCAAACAGCACCACCCUCGGUUCUCCUGUGAGCUUCAUUGCAUAAACCCGAGCUGGGGCCGAUGCGCCAGUCUCCGGUGGGUCUAACCAAGCUCAUAGGUAAUACUGUAAUGGCUCAGACUGCUAUGCCUUGAUUCCACAGACAAAAUCAACAGCAUUUGGUAAAACGUUGACUCUCAAGAAGCCCAGUUGCAUUCCCAAGUAUCUUUUCAGAAAACCCAUUAAUUUCGGGUUCCAGGUCCUUACCCCAAACGUCAACUGACGGUUUAAAACUGGGUCCUAGGGUGUGUAAGAUUAACGUUAGAGCAAGGAAGUGUGCAAUACUGUAAUUGAGAGUAACAUUCAUCAGCUACUCCGAAGCCUUGUUCAUUUUAAUAUGCAGCUGAACUGCGUGGCCUUAAUUCCACUGGUUAGAGUUGAGGGGACUGGGAGGGAGGCAGGCAGUGUGGUCUAGAGGUUAUCGCUGAGGGACUGGGAGAAGUAUUUUCAGCUGUCUGUCUGAGACAACCCUCCCUUUGUCCUCGUAGCAGUAAAUGAGAACCAGUUAAAAGAGGACGUUCCUCACUAUUUGAAGUCAUGGUUUUGCAAACGGAACUGCUGUGAAGGCAGGCGAUGUGUUGUUAACUGUAAUAACAAUGGGUACUGUGUAUGUGAAUUGUCACAUGGCAGGAGGAGGAGGAGGAGGAGGGUGAAAGUGUAAAUGUAUAUACUGUAUGAGCCCAUUAACUACCGGGUUUAAUUUAUUCUGAUGAUUAAAAUGCAGUUUAAUAUUCAUGAAACUGUUCUAGACUGUUAUCUGGCUUCUUAAACAAAUACCAAACUUUUAAAAAUACAUCCAGACAGAUGAUUUUAGGAGAGGGACCAGCUCCUAAACUACAGCAUUAGAAUAUGUUGAUGCCCUGAGGUUCCUCCAAAAUGAAAAAGGGAUAAGGGUAGAUGUGAACCAACAUAACCAUGAGGGCUGCCCUACAGUGGUGCACUUUCAGUGAAUACAGUAUUUUUAUUGCACCUUUCAUCACUGAUCUCAAAGCACUUCACACACAUAAUUAAACCAAAAACAUUCAUAAAACCCAAAUCAAAAAAGAGAUACCAACUGCUUCAUAAACACAGGUGGAAAUGCUACUGACCACAAUUAAGGGCGGGACCUUUAAAGGAGGCCAGUCCCCAAGUAAACUGGUUCGUUAAGAUGUGUGUCUCAAGCAGCCAGCUGCUUUUCAAAAUAAUUCACUCCUGUGAAAAAAUCUGGAUUAAAUAAUGAAAUGGUGGAAGUUAUUAAAAGAAGCUGACCCAGUCACUUCUUCAGAGUACUUAACUGGGAAGCACAGCUAAGAGGUUUGGUCCCAGUGCACUGUAUUGUAGCAUUGCUUUAUUAAUGAGUAAUAAAGAAAAAUCUGUAUUUCACUUCUGCUGUAUUCCUGUUAUGUGCUGUGCACUCACUGAACCUGCCCUUAGGAUGCUUAACUAACCCUUCUCUGCUCUGACAGCUGAAUGAACCAGCUUGCAGAGGGAGGGGGGCACAGUCACUGGAACAGCACAUGCUUUACUCCCCUCUUCAGCAAUUCAUUUCUGUUUUUCUCGUCUCUCACUGCUGGAGAACGAGGUCACUGGAGCCAUGUGAUAGGCAGAGAGGUGCUCCUGGUGUUCCUCGUUCAAGGCUGGUGCACAUUUCUAUCAGGUUACAGUAAAAGAAGUCCCUGUUCCCAGCUUUUUGUAUUGUACUGCAGGCUACUGUACUGACAGCAGCCACAUACAGUCCUGUUAACCCCUCACUGUUUCUCACCGUUGUUCAAUAUCUGUACAAAGAACAACAAUAAUGUACACACCUGACGAGUGAGCAGGUUACUCGUAAUCACUGCUGUUCCCCGUUCACUCAGUCUGGAUCGUGUUAUUAAGCAGCACUAGGAGUGUUUUAGCCUGUUCCUAUUUACUGUAACAAAACGUAUUAAAAUCCCUCUGCACUAUUUUUGUUUUUUUCUUAAUUAAAGCUGAUCUUACAUCC